CCGCCGUGAUGACGUCACUUGGAGACGGCUGCGUGGCCACGCCCAGUCCGUCCUGAGACCCGGCCUCUGCGCAGACGCCGUGCUUCUCCGGAAGAGGUCGGAGUGGGGUCCCACGGCAUCGCAGCGCGUGGGUCGCUGGACUUUGCCGAGUGGCCCGAGGCGGCGCAGGGGCGGGCCCCCUCAGCUUGUGCACCCAAUCAGAUGACAGCCUUGCAGAGCACUUCGCUGCACCUCCGCCGGCACUGGCCCGGGCUCUUCAGCCAAGCAGAAAGCUCAUAAGGCAGCUUUAACUAACGAUGACUUCCUUGUUCGCUCAAGAAAUUCGCCUUUCUAAAAGACAUGAAGAAAUAGUAUCACAAAGAUUAAAGUUACUUCAACAAAUGAAGAGUCAAGUUGGAGAUCAAAACAAGGAAAAGGCAUCUCAGAUUCAAGCAGCUGAGGCUGCUUUUAAAAGGAACCUUAGCCUUUUAAAGGAUAUAGAAGCCGCAGAAAAGUCUCUGCAGACCCGGAGUUGCCCACUUCCACCGCCUGAGUUGGUGUCUCUUGAGACUCUUUACUGGGCAUCAGUGGAAGAAUAUAUUCCCAAAUGGGAACAGUUUCUUUUAGGAAGAGCACCAUAUCCUAUUGGUGUUGAAAAUCAAAAUGAAGCAGAAAAUACCAUUCGGAACAAGGCACAGCGAUGACUUCUUCUCAUACUAGCUUAAAAAACGUGUUUAGUACAGCUGAAUAUUAAAGUAUUUGCAGGUUGUAGGAACCGAGUAUAUGCUUAUGCCCCAUCACUUCCUCAAUGAUAGUAAAGACAUGAGAGUCUACGGGCCAGUCUCAGAUUGUCCCUUAGAGACCCACUACUUUCUCAAGGUCAUGAAUUAGCUUUUGACCAAAUCCAUGCAAGUAUUAGAAACUAAUAUUGAAAGGUAGACUGUUUAUUAAAUAAAUUGCUAAAUUAGU